AUGGCUCGAAUCUUCCUGACUGGUGCCACUGGGCUCGUUGGCGGGGACGUGCUCCACGUUCUCAAGACAGCUCAUCCAGACUACCAUAUCAGUGCUCUCGUGAGAGAUAGUGCCAAAGCCGCUACUGUCUCGAAGGCAUACCCCGAUGUGCGCAUUGUGCUCGGCGAUCUCGACUCUGCGUCCCUGAUCGAAGAGGAGGCUAGCCAAGCCGAUGUCGUUGUCCAUGCCGCUGCCAACAAACAUAUCAGCAGUGUUGAAGCCAUUGUCCGUGGUCUGAAAAAGCACACUGGACCCAAGCUUGGGUGCUUGAUCCAAAUAUCCGGUGCAAGCCUGCUAUCAAUCCCAGAUAUCGUGAAUAAGACCUUCGGCGAGGGAUCCCAAAAGAUCUACGGGGAUAUUGACGAUGCCGACGAGAUCCGGGACAUCAUCCAGAAGAACGCCGACAAGCGUGUCGUUGACAGCUUCUUGCUCAACGUGACUGGCGUCAAGACUGCGAUUGUCUUCCCGCCCAUCAUUUACGGACAAGGUCGAGGACCCAGUAACCAGCGCAGUAUUCAGAUCCCGGAAAUCUCCAGAGUGGCCAUCGAAAAGAGACAAACCUUCCAAGUGGGCAAGGGAGAAAGCACUUGGAGCAAUAUUCACGUCUCGGAUCUCAGUAACAUCUUCGUCAAGUUGGUGGAGAAGGCUGUCGCAGGUGCCGAGGGCGACCUGUGGAAUCAGAACGGUCUCUACUUUGUCGGUGGUGGGCCACAGCUGUCCUUUGGAAAAAUCUCCGAGUUGGUCGCCGAAUCCGCGCAUAAGUUGGGUCUCACCGAUUCGGUGACUGUCCAGAGCAUUCACCCAAGUGAGGCAGACGCGUUGUCCCCAGCAGCCAGCGUAUUCUGGGGAACCAAUGCUCGCCAGACCCCCCAGCGAGCCAUCCAACUUCUGGGAUGGACCCCGCAAGCGCACUCGUUGGAGCAAGAGAUUCCGACGACCGUGCGAUUGGAAGCCACUCGCCUGGGCAAACUGUAA